AUAAACUCAAGUACGGUGAAAUUGUAGAAAAUGUCAGCGGCGAUUCAUGUGUUUAAAAGUUGGCGUUUGUUAAAACAUCCUCACUAAUCUUCGAGUCUGGCUGAAAUCAAGUGUAUUCAAGGCAGAGAGAAGACGAAAGCGAUGAAAUUUUGUGCGCUCAUCUUUCUGGUUUAUCUCGCAAUUGGCGCUGUUGCUGGCAAAAAAAACAAACUUUGCAGCAAAAUAUUGGACAAGUUGUCAGAUCUUGAGGACCUGAUUAACAAGAAACAGGACUGCUGUGUACCAGGUAAGGUGAAGAAGAUCGUUUCUGUUCUGUUUUUAAGGUCACCGCUUCGUCGGUCCGUCGAUUCUGAAUUUUGGUUGGAUCAAAAGUUGUUGUUAACAUAAUUUGGAAUAUCCACAUUUAUCCAGUUAUGACUGAUUGCCUUAUAGUUUUUCUCAUCUCAUACCUGCAGAGCCUGUCACGCCCCCAAGUUCCUGCAAAGAAAUAUACGACAAAGACAGGUAAGGAACGAACGAUCGUUAAAUUUGUGCCUGAGCGAGGGUAAAUGGCAAACAAACAUAUCAUGAAAAUCCUUUUACAAGAAAAGUGCGCAAAAGAAAACAACGUUGUAAAAAGCUAGAAAAAAAGCUAGAAAAAAAGAAAGAAAAAAAGAAAGAAAGAAAAAAGAAAAACAUGCAUGCAAAAUUUGAACGCAAAAUAAUUUAUGCCAGUUGAGAAUUUCACAUCUCGUCUCCGUUGCAUCUAAGGAUCAGUAAUUAUUAAUCACCUACGGGGGUCAUAGCAAAAUUUAUCUUAGCCCCAUUCAGGCUCUGUGGUUAUCUGAUGACCCUCCCUCAUUGGCAAUUAAAUUUCUACAGUCCCCCUUUUAUACUCUGAUAGCGUAGACUGACAACCCCCCCCCUCGGUUGCCCUUUAAAAACCUUGUGUUCCACCUUAACUCUCCGACAUUCCCCCCCUUCUCUUUUCCCCUUCCAGCCUGGCGCUGACUAUUGACUGCUCCAUUAUGUCUCAUAGAGUUCCGGUUUUUAUCCAGGGAUUUAUAUUUUUCCUAAUCGAUACCAGGAAUUGUGUGAGUGAUUCAAGAGAAUAUAAAGUAGACUGGCUUUGUUGGUUUUGUUCUCUGAUAUCCUGCUAGCGGGGCUCUGAGCUCCUGUUUGGCUGCACAUGUAACAAGCCCUCACCCGCUGGAAAUUUUAAGACGUUUCCGUCCUAUUAACCCUGAUUUUGCUUAUCUCAGUAGUAUUCCUAUUGACCGCAAUAGCGCCAAGCCAAGAAAAAACUUCUCCACUCGUAUUCUUUACGAUAUCAUGCUGCGCUGCUUCUUUUUUGCGUUGCGUGACAUUCCAAAGAACUACCGCGUAGGAUUCAAAGAACAUAACACACUGAUACUCUCUUAUUAGUGCCAGCCCAAACAAGGCGUAUGACCUCAAGCUAGGCGAUAAAGAUGUGUCUGUGUACUGUUCCAUGAGCGGGGAGCUUGGAGACUGCGGUGGUGGGGGAUGGACGCUGGUCAUGAAGACUGACGGUGCAAAGGUAUUUCAAACAUGUUCAAGGUUCCAAAACCCUACCAAUUCAUUGUUUUUCGAAUGUAACGAAUGAAAACUUUGAUUCGUUUCUCUCACUCCUGUGUGUUUCCCAUUGUCUCUCUUAAAUCAGUGAAUGUUUUAUGGAGCACAUGAAAGGUCUUCGCUCAACCAGGAUGCAAUGCGGGCAUAGUGAACAUUCUUAGUAUUUUCUGUAUAAUAAUCUACUUGCGCUUCUAAUUGGCUGAAAACAAAUGCAUUCUCAUGUAACACGAGUGCAAAGUUGUAACAGGAAUGCAAAUUACAAAUAGCGCGUGCACGCUUUAAAAGUUCAUCUGUCUUGACUUCUUUGAUGUUCUUUUUCAUGUACAUUAUUAAAAGCAGUAACAUGGUUUCUCUGGCUAUUUGUCGUGAUAAGCACUUGAAAAUUUUUCAAAGACUACAAAUUUCACUUGACCUGCGGGCUCGUGCAAUUUUCUUGUCUUUGAAAAAUUUCCUCGUGCUUACCAAUACCAAAUUGCACUCCAAAUCAUUUUAUCAUCUGUACUUACAGAAAAGGAAAGUCUACCGUGUGUGUGUGAUAUUAUUCGACUAACACUAUGCAACCAUGAUCGAGAACCGGCUUUUAAUACCCUCAUCUAGUUUCUUAAAGUGUCUAUCGUCUAUUUUCUACAUAUUUCUGUCGUUUGAUUCCGCGUUUGCGAAAAUAAAGCCAUCGAAAAGAGGCCGUCCUGCACAAUGGAAAGCCACCAUAUUAUAUGGUUUGUUAGAUCAAUUCUGAAAGCCUUGGGAUAAGGCAAGAAAACAAACAGCGAGUCCUUUGAGGCCCUGCUACACAGCAUUUCGCAGGAAAAUCAAACAGAAGGUUCCUCUCGGCGCUUGAAAGACCGUCAAACGGGGAAACAUUUAUAAUCCAUCGCAAGUCUAAUUCCGUGGAAGUUUUUGAGUAACCUUUCCCUCCCGGUUAGAUCAAAUUCAGAGAUGCAUUUCUCCAAAAUUUCCUCUCAUUAUUCUUUAUUAUUUAAGCGUAUUUUGAAACACUGAAUGUUUUUAUUAAAAGUGGAGCGUGACGAAUUUAUUCGUAGGAGGCGAAGCACUUCUUUUACGAAUUCUUGUUUUUGCGCCUUGUGAAUGACACCGGCGUUUCACUGACACGAAUAAAUAUAUUUUAGAAUUCGAAGGUCUCCGUCUCUUUGUAAUACAAUUCGACGUCAAGGAUCGAGUCCCUGUUAAAUCUCUUGCUUUUGUACACUUUUGUCAAGUAUAUAACUUCUGAGUCUGAUAUUUCAGCCGUGAAUAGUGAUUGCAUCGUGGCAAGAUAAUAUGUAUUGUCUUGAUCGUGGUUCAACGUAGCUGUUUGGCCGUCUUACAAAUUCUUCAAUUUUGCCUUUGAUUCUGUUAUACAGACCGGAAACGUCGUCCAUUAUGAGCGAUUCAGUUUAGAUUUUCAGUGUCGUAAGACCGAAACCAAAGUAAUCACAACGGCCAAUCAAAAGAAAGAAAAAUAUCCCGGACAACCAAUGUGAACUCAUAGUAAAAACAACCAAACUGCCUAAAGCACGGGAAAACGCAGGCGACCAGGUCGUGUUAAGUGUUAGUUUUACAUCUGAUCGGUUGAGUGGCACGAGUUUUAAUUUCUGGACCAAUCACAAUUCGAGGUAAAGCAAAACCAAUGAAAUCUCUGAUUACUUUCGACAUUCAGUUGAAAAUUCGUCUAUUGAGGCACCUGACCUGGUGAGAGAUUGGCGCGAGUUUGAUGAGCACUCAUAGAGCAAAGAGAAGCGAUACUGGUGCAGUCCCGGAUUAUUAUAGACAUUAGGUUGAAAAUUGCCUUUUCUCCAAUGCACUGGAUACUAAGUUGAAAAUUUCCUUUUUCUCGCAGCAAACCUUUGGUUACGAUUCAAAAGUGUGGUCUUCAAUGUCUUCAGUCUCUCCCGAAAAUGGAGAUACCGGAUUAGAUCACAUGGAGACCCUGUUACCAACCUACUGGAGCACGUCCUUUUCCAAGAUCUGCCUUGGCAUGAAGGUCGAUGGAGUAACCAGGUUCUUGCCACUGCAUCAGAAAGCAGACUCGUUGUAUGCCCUCAUUGGUGACAGUCAAUACCGUGCUACCUCGCUGGGCCGUGAUGCAUGGAAGAAGCUGAUUGGUCCCAACGCCUCCCUCCAGCGCAGCUGUAAUCAAGAAGGCUUCAAUUCGCGGGUGAGUAAUAGCGCUCUUUCGAAGGUUCGAAUUGGAAUCAUCGCUAAUCAAGAAGGAGAUUGUCAUACCCCUGAUUCCUUUAUCGGAUUUGGUGGAGGAGGGUCAGGAUUCAAAAACGCGUGUGGAAACGGAGCCUCGCAUUCACCGGACAACGGAGACAAAAAUAUCAAGGCAUUUGGAUACAUUUUCGUUCAGUAAAGACGCUGAACUGCUCUGCUCAAGGAAAAAGUUGCAUGCGACAUGGAGCAAUGAUCAAGCUCUUAUUUCAGUAAUGGGGAUUUAAGACGUCGGGUUUCGCUUCUGCUAUGAAAUAAACGAACAAUAAAAGUGGGUUAAUGAAUGAAAAUAUUGUCUCUUGUAUUUUUGAGUUGAUUUGUAGAAGAAUCUGUCUUUUAGGUGUAUAACUUUCACUCCCUCCGAGAAGUUACUUUUCCUUAAACCAUAUCAACAUACUGUCUUUAUGAGUGUUUUUCCUCUCUUGACAACAUAAUUCGUUCAGUAAGG